AUGAGUACCAAGGACACGUCAAAUAAUUUAAUUCAGGCUGGUGUUACAGCUAACGGAACAGGGACAGGUUCUCCAUUAGAUAAAUACCGCUCGAAAUAUCGACGUAAUUUAAACAAGGACGAAAACGGAGAUAAUAACGGAAACUUGAGAGAAACGAACGGAUUUAGCGAGCAUAAAGGGAUGGAUAAUCGGACAGAUAAUAAAGGAUACGUAUCCCCGAGGAAUUCCUUGUACGAUAAAUAUGCAUCGGGGUCAUCUAAGUAUGUCCCGUUAAGCGAGCGAUUGGCUGCUACUGCCAGUUUACAUGCACAGACAGCCAAUGAUAAGCCGGUUGAGGUUAAGGAGGCAUCGAGCGUCUCUAAAACUACCCAGCCUGCUGUGUCUAAGGCAGCACCCCCUGUAUCAAAGGCAGCACCCCCUGUAUCUAAGGCAGCGCCCCCUGUAUCCAAUCAACAGCCUCCAAUGUCGAAACCAGCUCAGCCACCAGCAUCUUUAAACACAAAGAGAGACGCAUUCUUCAAGAACGACCCUGCCCCUCCAAAGUUUGAAUAUUCAGGAAUACGCGAACGGGACAAAGAUCGUACAGAGCGUGACAAGGAACGUGAACUCAUGUUGGAACGAGCGCAAGAACGCAUUAAAGCCCCAGCGCCAUCUUUACCUAACAAAGAGUCUCCUACAGUUGAUGGAUAUGUCGGGUUCGCUAAUUUGCCGAAUCAAGUUUAUAGGAAAUCAGUGAAAAAAGGAUUUGAAUUUACUUUAAUGGUUGUAGGAGAAUCUGGUCUUGGCAAGUCAACACUAAUUAAUUCAUUGUUCCUGACAGAACUUUACAACAGUGGGGACUACCCUGGACCAUCACAUAGAAUUAAGAAAACAGUACAGGUAGAAAAGACGCAGGUUUUACUGAAGGAGGGAGGUGUGCAGCUGAGGCUAACAGUUGUAGAUACACCUGGAUUUGGUGAUGCUGUUGACAAUAGUAAUUGCUGGCAGCCAGUGAUUGACUUUAUCGACGCCAAUUAUGAUGAAUACCUCAACUCAGAGUCAAGAGUCAACAGAAAGACAAACCCCGACAGUCGAGUACAUUGUUGUCUAUACUUCAUAGCCCCAAAUGGACACGGUUUGAAACCUUUAGAUGUUGAGUUCAUGAAACGACUACAUGAUAAAGUGAAUAUAAUCCCAAUGAUUGCCAAAGCAGAUACUAUGACACCAGAUGAAUGUAGGGACUUUAAGAAAACUAUACUAAAUGAGAUAGCCCAGCACAAAAUCAAGAUUUAUGAAUUCCCCGACUGUGAUGACGAAGAAGAAAAUAAAGUACAGAAACGAUUAAAGGACAGAGUACCAUUUGCUGUCGUUGGAAGUAAUACAGUUGUAGAAAAUAGUGGCAAGAAGUUCAGGGGGAGAGUCUACCCCUGGGGCGUCGUGGAAGUUGAGAAUCUUGAACACAAUGAUUUCAUUGCCUUGCGGAACAUGCUCAUAAGGACUCACAUGCAAGACUUGAAGGACGUCACCAAUAAUGUUCACUAUGAAAACUUCAGAUAUAACAAAUUAGCCUCAGUCAGCGGCAAACAGAAAAACUCUUCCGGAAAAAAUCCCCUAACACAGAUGGAUGACGAAAAGAAAGAACACGUUCAAAAGCUGAAGAAGAAAGAAGCAGAGAUGGAACAAGUGUUUGAAAUGAAGGUCAAAGAAAAACAGCAAAAACUAAAAAAUUCGGAAAAUGAUCUGCAAAGAAGGGCGGAGCAGAUGAAGAAAAGUCUAGAACAGCAGCAGAAGGAGCUAGACCUAAAACAAGAACAAUUCGAAAAGGAGAAGGCCCAAUGGGAAGAGCAAGCACGGCAAAUCGAGGAUCAGCUAAGGUCACAAGACAAAAAGAAAGACAAAAAGAAAUCCUUAUUUUAAUAGAGACAUUUACAGCAAUUUCUUGUCACAAUGAAAACCAGUCAUCAUAUUCCUUGUCAUGAAUUCCCAUAAUGCUUUGCAAAGGCAAGCAGACGUAUGUAAGAUGUGCAUGAAGAAAUAACAGCAAUCCAACAAUUAAAGGACACAAGACAUGAAUACAUUCAGAACAGCUGUUUUUCAAGUAUACAAGAGACAUAUAGUCUAGCUACAAGCCCUUGUCCCCCCCUGAAACUACAUCUG